CACCAUUAUUUCUCUGACUACACCUUCUACUUCAUCCCUGAACCCAUAGCGACGGACACCCAGUCGCUCCCACAGAACAAUCAAAAUCGACCGACUACUAGGCUCAUACAAAGCUCCGCGGGCUGCUACUCCGAGCACCAACAUGGACCGCGGACGGAGACAAAGCGGCGCGACCGUGCCCACCAGAGACCGCGACGACGAAGACUUAUCGGACGCCUCACCAAGACAAUCCCACACACCCCCCGCCGAAUCCAAAAAAGACAAAAAACGUCGCGAUCUGGGCGAUAGACUCUCAACCCUAACAGCCUCCUUCUACAACUCCCGCGAAGCCCAAUUCCGACAAACACUCUCCAACCUCCAAGCAGAACUCGAAUCCCUACAUGACGGAACACACCCGCUCUUCGUCGACGGCGUCGCAGAUCUAGGUGUGGCUCGCGAUGAGGAGUUGGUACGGUUACAUUGUAUGCGGGAUUAUGCGCUCGAACGGGCGGAUGCGGAGUAUGAGAGAGAGGUGGAAGCGGCGGAACAAGAGUACAUCGAGAAGAAGCGGAGUAUCAGGGAAAAAGUCUUGGCAGGCCUCAUCUCUCGCCGUCAACGGAUUCGAGAAGAUAAGGAGCUCGUGGAUAUAUCGACAGACAGUAACCUCCUCCUCUCGAUCACGUCCAUGAGUGACGCGAUUGGAGCGACGGAUAUGCUCCCCGCCGAAUCCGCACGGAAAUCACGACGAAACAUGCCUGGGCGCGCACUGGAAGAACUCCUCGGAUCAUCCUCGAACGGGAAGAAGAGGAAAGGUACACCACUCGUCGACGAAUGGGGCAUGGAAAAGGAAAAACAACGUACCGGACGUCCAGAACGCGAAAAAGCAUUCUCAUUCCAGGGUCAAGCCAAGGAAAUUGACAUCAACGAAGACCUGAUGUACAUCCGCAAAAUCACCGGCAAGAAGCCCGUACGAGCAGCAGCAGAAGCGAACGGCAACGGUCACAAAGGUUUGAAGAAAUAGCCAUACCGCAACUUUAGCCUUAAGUAUAGGGUUUUGGGGGGACUGGUAUUGGGUUAAGGUUAGGCUUUAGCAAGGUGCAAUAAUGUGCGUCUUAUUAGAUGAUCAAGAUAAUGCUUUUUCUCCAUGAGUGCUAUACAAAAAUGCCGUUUGUUACAUGACCCAAAUCACACAAGUUAU